CGGUGGGACACCUCGUUGGGUCCUUUCUCGCCGCCGUCGCCUGCGGGAGACUCCCAGCUCCCGGCGGAGGCUGACCGGGUUCCCGGGGCGCUGAUUCAUGAUUUUCUGCCGUUUCUUGGCAAAAAUGGCAACCAAUGAUGCUGUUUUGAAGAGACUAGAACAGAAAGGUGCAGAGGCAGAUAAAAUUAUUGAAUAUCUUAAACAGCAAGUUGCUCUUCUUAAGGAAAAAGCAAUUUUGCAGUCGACUUUGAGAGAAGAGAAGAAACUUCGAGUUGAAAAUGCUAAAUUGAAGAAAGAAAUUGAAGAAUUGAAGCAAGAGCUAAUUCAGGCAGAAAUUAAAAAUGGAGUGAAACAAAUACCAUUUCCAUCUGGUACUCCACUGCAAGCUAAUUCCGUGGUUUCUGAAAAUGUAAUACAAUUUAUGCCAAUCACACCCACAUCUUCUGGUGCCAAAGAACAGAUAAAAGGAGGAGGAGGAGAAGAAAAGAAGGUGAAAGAGAAACUUGAAAAGAAAGGAGAGAAAAAGGAAAAGAAACAACAAUCAGUAGCAGGAAAUGCUGAUUCCAAACCAAUAGAUGUUUCCCGUCUGGAUCUUCGAAUUGGUUGUAUCAUCACUGCUAAAAAACAUCCUGAUGCAGAUUCUUUGUAUGUAGAAGAAGUAGAUGUUGGAGAAGCAGUCCCAAGGACAGUUGUCAGUGGCCUGGUGAAUCAUGUUCCUCUUGACCAGAUGCAAAAUCGGAUGGUGAUUUUACUUUGUAACCUAAAACCUGCAAAGAUGAGGGGAAUAUUAUCUCAAGCAAUGGUGAUGUGUGCUAGUUCACCAGAGAAAGUUGAAAUCUUAGCACCUCCUAUUGGAUCUGUUCCUGGAGACAGAAUUACUUUUGAUGCUUUUCCUGGAGAGCCUGACAAGGAGCUGAAUCCUAAGAAGAAGAUUUGGGAGCAGAUCCAGCCUGAUCUUUACACCAAUGAUAAGUGUGUGGCCACAUACAAAGGAGCUCCCUUUGAGGUGAAAGGGAAGGGAGUGUGUAGGGCUCAAACUAUGACCAACAGUGGAAUAAAAUAAAAUCACAUCAAAAUAUUUCAAUUACUGAAAUGCAUUGGAAAAAACUUUGAUGCCAAUAAAAAGAAAUAUAUUUGUCACUUAUGCCUAAAAUAUAACUGCCUCAUUUUUGUGUUAUUUGUCUUCUAGACUGGACUAGUCUGUUACCUAGUAUAUAUUGUUUUCAGUUGAUUGUAGAAGCACUGUAUUUUUACCUAUGAUUUUUGACCCUUUAUAAUGUUGGGAGGAAAUGCCCUGUGUUUUUUGGUGAUUUAUUUUUUAGCAGGGAUAUUGAUGUGAGCAGAUUUUUUCUUUAUGCAUUUUUAGAUAACUUGAACUAGAUUAGCAUUUAGUUUCUUAUAGGCACAUGAUACGUGAAAUUUCAAGUCCUUGGAUUUUUAGUAUAUUGUGUAUCUGUGCUAUAAAUGUCCUCUCCUCUUAAAAAAUGACAAGUUAAAAGUUGUGCAAGGUUUAUCGACUAAUCACAUUACAAUAAUAUUGAAAAUGAACAACUGUUGAUUCUUGAGAGCCAAACAUCAUAAAAGCUAGGAGACAUGGCACUUGAACAUUAUUGCUACUUCUUGCCAAAGUAACCCAAACUUGUAUAUUUAAAGGCAAUUUUUUUAAAAAGACUGAAAUUUCCAACUGUGUGUUGAACUUUUCUUUUCAUUGAGCAAAGUGGUAAUAAAUUUUGACUAUGAAGCAUAAACACAUUGCGAAGUGUUGCCAGUAUAGUUUCCAAUAAUUGACCAUAAAAGCAGCAGUCUAUUUUUUUACUCUAGCUGACCUAAAGAUUCCUUGGGCAUCUAAUAAAACAUUAUUUAUAGCUCUUUAUCUUUAGAAGAGCAUUUAAGAUUGAUAAAGUUUGCUUUUUCAUGAACCAUCACUGUCCAUAUAUUAAAAGAAAUGUCAGCCAAAACUUAAUAUACAUUAACAUAUCAAUUGCCUAUUUUCACUCGCCUUCUAGAUAUUCUAGGAACAAUGAAAAUUAACUUAGGAAUCAUUAGCUUCAACUUCAUCAGACUUGAGAUUUGGGCUGCCAAAAAAAGAAAUGCAUCUAUGGAGGUAGGCAUAUAGAUACUGUUUGAAAGAAAAGUCUGUUCUAGCACUGGUUAUUUAUGCCUCCAAUAAGGAGAAGCAAAAACAAAAAUUUUACAACAACCCUGCAUGCCAGGUUAUAAAAGGUAUAAGUAAAGUGCAUUUAUUUAAGUCCAUGGAGUUCUGGUAGGCCAGGACACAUAAUAGAAUUUGAUAUUUCUGAAAAACUGUUUAUUAGCAGAGCAUCAUUAGCAUGUGUUGAUAACUAAACACAAGUGAGUUUUUAAAGUUAUUUUGUACUCAAGAUCUAUUAUUUUUGGAAUAAAGAAUGUGACAAAG